CGGCGCCUCCUCCUCCAUGGCUGUUUACCCGGCUGCAUUGUGGGAGUUUGACCUCCGCCGCCGCCGCCAACCGCCGCCUCAGCUGGCGCCGCCGCCGCGCACGCCAUGGGAGCCGUGACUGACGACGAAGUCAUCCGGAAGCGUCUCCUGAUUGACGGAGAUGGCGCUGGGGAUGAUCGAAGGAUUAAUCUGCUAGUGAAGAGUUUCAUUAAAUGGUGCAACUCUGGGUCCCAGGAAGAGGGGUAUAGCCAGUACCAACGUAUGCUGAGCACACUGUCACAAUGUGAAUUUUCAAUGGGCAAAACCUUGCUGGUAUAUGAUAUGAAUCUCAGAGAAAUGGAAAAUUAUGAAAAAAUUUACAAAGAAAUAGAAUGUAGCAUUGCUGGAGCACAUGAAAAAAUUGCUGAGUGCAAAAAGCAAAUUCUUCAAGCAAAACGAAUACGAAAAAAUCGCCAAGAAUACGAUGCUUUAGCAAAAGUAAUCCAGCAUCAUCCAGACAGGCAUGAGACAUUAAAGGAGCUGGAGGCUUUGGGAAAAGAAUUAGAGCAUCUUUCACAUAUUAAAGAAAGUGUUGAAGAUAAGCUGGAAUUGAGACGGAAACAGUUUCACGUUCUUCUUAGCACCAUCCAUGAACUUCAGCAAACACUGGAAAAUGAUGAAAAACUCUCAGAGGUAGAAGAAGCUCAGGAAACAAGCUUGGAAACAGAUCCUAAGCCAUAGACAGGCUAAUCGCUCAUCAUUCCCGGGAAUACUGAACUAGCUGUGUGAUCUUAGUGUGUUAGAAGUUAUUGUGCUCUUGAGAUAUUUAAAAUCUCUGCAGCAAGAUACUUUGCUUUUAAAAUUAAUGCACAUUUUAUUUGUAUUUCUUCACACACAGGAAAAUGACUUCAGAAUAGAUUUGGUUUUAUUAAAAUUCAUUUUUAUUCUUAAAAAGUAGGAAGCAACAGUCCAAAAAUGUUUAAUAAAGUGUUUUCAAGCAGGA